AUGGGAGAUACCGGAAUCAAUCCUAAACUCCCGUCAUGGGAUGGUGACUGGAAGACAUUCGCCGAUUACAAGUUGGCUUGCUGGCUUGAGCAUGAUGGCCUCAAGCAGGAUGAGCAGGUCACGCUGGCGCCGAGACUCGCUCGGAAUCUUACCGGGAAGGCCUGGGAGGCCUGCCUGGAGAUAGAGCGGGAGAAGCUCAGGAAAGAAGGAGGGCUCCAAUAUCUGCUGGACUACCUGAAAGGGAAGCGUGGCAAGCAGCAGGUUGAUAUCCUGGGAGAGGCCUUCGAGAAGUACUUCCAGUCGGGAGAAGUCAUGCGUCGUGACAAGGAGACCUUGAAUGACUACGAGCAGCGCCUGACGAAUUUCACCCGAGACAUCGAGAGAGCACUGAAGGAGUUAGGCACCGACGUCAAGGUGCCGACCGAGAUCUAUGGGUGGUUUCUGCUUAACAAGCACAUCCGCCUGGAGCCGUCGGACAUCGCUACGCUGAAGUCGCAAACGGCGAGCUACAAGCUAAGCGAUGUGCUCAGUGCUUUGCGCAAGAUGUGGGGUGGAGACAGCUUGUGUCUCAAGGAUCAAGAGCGCCGAAGAGUCGCCAAGGCCUAUCUGGCCUUGCAAGAAUAUGAAGACGAGGCCGAUGAGGAUGGCGGCGUAUGGUGGAACGACGAAGGUGAAGAUGAUGAUACCACGGAGGUGGAGCCAUCCGAGGCCGAGGUCUACUUCGAGGAGACUCUUGCGGCUCAUCUCGAGAACCCUGAGGACGAGAUGAUACUGGCGAACUUCCAGGAGGCCAAGCGGACCUUCUACAAGGAUGCCAGGAAAGCUCUUGAUCAGAGCCGGGUGAACAGAGGCUUUUACCCCAAAGGGAAAGGCAAGGGCAAGGACCGUGCCAAAGGGGGUGGUCGAACUGGUGAGUUCCCUGGUCGGUGCAUGCGCUGUGGCAAGUAUGGCCAUAAGGCGCAGGCCUGUCCGCAGGCGGGUGAUGGCAAAGGCGGAGGUUCCGGCAAGGGAGCCGGAGUUGGGUUCGUGUACACGAACUGGACGGAUUCAUCCGCGACGAGCCAGAAGCAGCUUGAGACAGCACCGGAGGCCAUCUUCGUGCAGAAAGAGCCCGAGACCAUGAAGGCCAUUAUGGACUGCGGAGCGUCGGAGUCCAUUGUGGGUGCCUGGACGUUGCAGAAUCUCUCGGACGAGCUGGCGCGGCUCGGCUUCGACACCGAAGCUGAGAUCCAGAUCGACUCGAAGAUUCGCAAGAAUUUCAUCUUCGGCAACAACGCCACCAGCACCGCACUGGGGCUUGCCAAGGUGACCGCGGGCAUCCACGGUCAGGAGCGGGCGAUCAAGAUGCACGUUGUGGAAGGCGGCACCCCAAUGUUGCUUUCCAGCAAGUGGUUGUAUGAUCAGGAAGCCAUUAUUGACUUCAAACGAGGCCAGGCAAUUCUUCCCAAGAUCAGCUCAGAGGUGAUCCAGUUGGAGCGUGCUCUGAUGAGGAAUCGAGAUCGGGAGAUUCUUCGUCAGAUGCAUGUGUACGCAGCGGAGAGUGCAAGAGAAGCUCAGGCCUCGAACGAAGGUUCGAGCGACAAGGACACUGCUACGAACCAUGAUCCGGUAGGUCCUCAGGAAGACCCCGAAGAAGUCCCAGGUGAGCCCAACGAUCCCGAAGCGGAAACCGAAGCUAACACUUGGAAAACGAACCUCGAAACCAAACUGCGAACCAUCCACGCUAACCUUGGACAUCCCUCAAACCAGGUGCUAGUUCGGGUGCUCAAAGAAGCCGGAGCGUCUAAGGAAAUCAUUGAGAAAGCACAGCAGUACUCGUGUCCACAGUGCAAUCGCAGAGGCCAUGCACGACCGCACCGCACGUCACAGAUUCCGCAUGCUAGUCGCAAGUGGGAAGUAGUGAGUGUUGACACGUUUUGGUGGCAUAGUCCUCACAAAGAUGAGAAAGGCAAUCCCCUGGAACAUGUUGUAGGAAUUUCGCUCAUGGAUGAGGCUAGUGACUUUCAUGUUGCGUCUAUUGUGAGAACAGGGAUUCGCACUCAGAAGGUCAUUAGCUCUAGCGAGUUCAAGGAAACCUUUUGCAAAGACUGGCUUCGGAACCUUCCAAAGCCAGAAGCGCUUAGGUUUGAUGAUGAGGGUGCCUUUCGGGAUUCUCAGACCAUUGAGUGGAUUGAGGGUCAGGCCAUUCGGGUCAGCGUGAUUGCCGGGGAAGCUGCUUGGCAGGUUGGUAAGCACUCUCGUCAUCUGGAAGUGCUGAAGGAGAACAUGUCUCUUUUGGCCAUGGAACUAGGACCCGAGGAAGCCUUGCAACGUGCCGAGGCAGCGAGACGUCAGUUGGUUUAUUUCUACCGAAAAGGUCGCAACACUAGUCGAAUGGAAGCAGGCUGGCAUGGCCCCGCCCGCGUUGUCGCUGUGGAGAAGCAGGGCAAUAAAGCCAAUUACAGAGAUAUUUCACAGGAUCUCGCGCAGGAACCCGAAGAUUCCGAGAUUCACGAUGACGAGAUGUCGAAGCAGGAGGUGCUCAGUGCUCUCAAGGGCAAGGCGGCGCAGGAGCAGAAGACCAGCGCCCUCAGCCUCUACGAGCAGGAGAAAGAGCGGUGCAUGGAGAUGAGCAUGGAAGCUUUGGGGAACGAGACCGUGAAGCACGGGAAGCACGCCGGCAAGUGGGUGAAGGAAGCCGCCGAGGACAACAAGUACGUGAUCUGGUUGAUGGAGCAUCACGAAAAGAACGUGAAGUUCACGAAUCUCCUGACCUACAUCGUCCGGGCGAACUCCGACCCAUGCAAGAAGCCGACCGCCAAGCCGUAUCCGAAGUCGACCGCCGAGAAUUCCAACGACAUGCCGAGGCACAUCGAGAACGAGGACGAGUGGUUCCAGCUGUGGGAGCAGGAGCCGGACAAAGAGCUACCGGGCUCAGUGACGAAGAUGGUCGAAGUUCUCCAGAAGACCGUGAGAGACUUGUCUCUUCAAGUGGGACAGCUGGAACAGGCCAACGUUCAGCAGCAGCAAGCCCUCUACCAGGCCAUGUCGGCCAGCAUGGGGCUCCAGGAGGAGAUGGAGCGCAUCCGGGUGCGACUGGCGCAGAUCGAGGCCGCUAUGAUUCCAACGCUCAGCUGA